AUGGCAGCCCGGCUGCUAUUCGACGCAGAAACGCCCGGUUGGCUCAUUGAAUGGCUAUUCUACAGCAAAGUGAGGUCAAUUCUCUGCCAAAUUUUCUUUCUGUUAAAUCCUCCAACUUCCCACGUCGAAGGCCUUCCAACUGCAUGUCAAGUGUCAACAUCGGAGGCUACUCUGUUGGCCGAAGAGGACAGGCAAUGGGAGUGGGACUGGAAGAAGUUCUACCUGCAGCCAGAGGUUCUCUCCAGAGAUUUACACGACCGAUUUAACAGACAUACGCUAUCCUUAAGACGUCCCGAUGUUUUCCAGAGAGAUGUUGAGAGCUGUAUUGAACUCGCUGCGACUGAAGAGGAGUUUCUGGCGAAACUUGAAGAACGAAAAACCCAACACGUGCAGGAGGUGAUGAGGGCGUGGAGAAGCAUCUGCGCCGUCAUUGAGUCGAACUCUUGGCUGUUGGCCAGCCCGGAUAGGGGCGACAAAGAGGAUGCCGACAAAGAGAAUGUUGACGAAGACGAAGGCGACAGAGGCGGUGAUGACGGCGGCCAUUUGGAAGAGCGUGACAACUGGAAUAAUGACGGCAAUGAACACAGAGGUUUAGCGACGGAGAACGAUUAUCCUGCUGCAAAUUCAAGUGCGUCCCCUCGACGUGGAACUGUAACUUCUCUAGACCCGUCACAAUUCUAUCUUGACGACAUCACGAGCAAACUCGUGGAAGGAAGGAAAAGAUGGGCAAAAGAGACGUGCGCCGAAAUUCUACAGCAAAGAAGGACGCAACGGCUUGCUGCUCCUACGGCUUCAGCUCUUACGACUGCUGAAUUGACUGCUCCAGACUCCCUGUUCUGCGCCGGCAUAUGGGAUCCUGACGGGCUACUACCAUCGAGAGACCUUACUGGGGGACCAUUCCCCAGCCAAGAUGAAGUCCAAUCCGCCAACCCUACUCCGAUUUCAGAUUCUCCGGCGAACAACCCCCUCAAGCGACCUCGAGACUCUCAUGAAGAGAGUAUCAACGAUCAAAGUCUUAGAGUCAUAGAGGCCGACUUGAUUGCUCUCACAGGAACCGAAGACUUUGGAGAGGAAAGUCACGGCUUGACCAAGUUCACAGAGCCAGCGCUGGAAAGUCCCGCGAUAGACAGCGUUGUACGCGAAGCAUCGCCAUCGAUAUCAACCCGAGAGCCCAUGGACAUAGAUUCGAGCGAAGAUGAUGGAGAUGUCGUAAUGACAGAUGCUGCGCUGACGGAGAAUCCGGCGCCAGGAAGGCCCAGGACGGCACCUCGCGGCUCUCGUCGACAAGACAAGCACGGAGCCAGGACUGGAAAGUCCUCGCUCGGGAAACGGACGACGCCUCUACAGCAACAACAACAACAGAACAGGGUCAAGAAGAAGCAGAGCCGUCGACGUUCAGCACAAGCGGCAAAAUCACCCGCACUCCUUGAUCGGCUCUUACGCUCAACGCGAUCGUCUAGGCGGGACGCUGGACACGAGUUGUGGUACCUUGGUGAUGAUGCCACGGCUUGCCCCGUUACAAAUGCUGGUUGA